GAGAAAUUGGGUCAAGCGGCUUGUAGGGCAGAAGCUUCCUGGAAUCUUAGGUAGAAGACAACCUAGUUUCUAUUUCCUGAUUUAACUGGCAAAGACAGUAAGAAGAAGUUAUAUUACUUAAUAUUUCUACCACCAUGACAAUGUUUACCCGGGACGGUGAGUAAAAAUAGCGCUGCCCCUGGUAAAGUCAAUCUGGCGGACUUCCCUCCCUCCACAUCCUGUAGCUCCUAAUGGCUUCUACACAAUGAAGCAGAUUAUAUGGAAGUGUCGGGACUUUCAGAGGGGAUGGUGAUUUUUUAAUUUCUAAAAAAAUCACCACAGCUGAUGAUGCCAUCAGCCUUGUGCAGCUUACUUACACCAACAGGAUUUCAGAUUAUCCUGAUAUUUCUUCUCCUUUUCACAAUUACUUGUGAAUCAUCCCCAAACCCUACAAUAUUUGAAGACAUCAACAGACAUCAAGAGGAAUAUGUGCAGAGACUGAAAGAAUGGGUAGCCAUUGAGAGUGACUCCAGUGACCCUCUAAAGAGAGAAGAGGUGAUAAGAAUGAUGCAUUUAGCAGCAGAGAGGCUAAAGGAGUUAAAUGCAACCGUUGAGUUAGUAGAAUUGGGCAGUCAAAAGUUAUAUGGACAUGACGUUCCUUUGCCACCCGUAAUUCUAGCUGGAAUUGAAAAGGACCCUAAAAAACCUACAGUUUGUUUUUAUGGACAUCUGGAUGUGCAACCAGCCAAAUUUGAGGAUGGGUGGUCCACACAGCCAUAUAAUUUGACAGAAAAAGAUGGCAAUCUGUACGGACGUGGGACUUCUGAUGACAAAGGGCAAGUUCUGGCUGUACUGCAUGCAGUGGAAACACUUCAAAAACAUGAACUCCCAGUGAACGUCAAGUUUGUGUUUGAAGGUAUGGAGGAAGUAGGAUCCAAUGGGCUAUUCACACUAGUUGAGCAGAGGAACAGUACAUUUUUUUCAAAUGUGGAUUACAUUGUGGUCACCGAUACAUUAUGGCUCAGCAACAAACCUGGUAUCACAUACGGAACAAGGGGGAAUUGCUACUUCUUUGUUGAGGUGCAAGGUGCCAGGAAAGACUUGCAUUCGGGGAGUUUUGGAGGUGUGGUUCAUGAAGCAACUGGUGACUUAAUAUUUUUGUUGAACACUCUUGUUAAUUCUUCUGGUCAUAUCCUGAUUCCUGGAAUAUAUGAUGCGGUUGUCCCUCCUUCGGAAAAAGAAGUGGAAUUCUAUAAGGAAUCAGAGUUUAAUGCUGCGAAGAUAAAGAGAACAUUUGGAAUUAGAAACUUUACAUACAGUGCUAAAGAGGAAAUAUUAAUGCGACGCUCAUGCUACCCAUCUCUGUCCAUCCAUGGAAUUGAAGGAGCUUUCUCUGCCUCUGGAACGAAGACUGUAAUUCCUGCAAAAGUAACUGGGAAAUUUUCCAUACGUCUGGUUCCUAAUAUGGAACCUUCAGUAGUGAUAAAUCAGGUAACUGAUUAUUUGAAAGAAAAAUUUGCAGAACGGAAAAGUCCAAAUCAUAUUUCCAUAAAAUGUGUAAUCCAAGCAAAGCCAUGGCUUUCUGAUAUAGACGGACCUCUAUAUUUGGCUGGGAAAAAGGCAAUAAAGAAAGUGUUUAACACUGAGCCUGAGAUGUUCCGAAUAGGUGGAACGAUUCCAAUCGGUUCCCAUUUCCAGGAAGUGACUGGAAAGAGUGCAAUGUUUCUAGGAAUAGGAGGACCAGAUGAUGCUCCCCAUGGCCAAAAUGAAAAACUUAGCAGGUACAAUUUCAUAGAGGGGACCAAGCUAUAUGCAGCUUUACUUCAAGAACUUGUUUCUUUAUAGAAAAAAAAAUAGCAUAAUAAUAUCUCCUAAAAUAUAUCCACAUGUUUUGAAUUGAAAGAGUGUUGAAUAAACACACAAAAUAGAAUUUAAACAAAAUGAA